CCGUUACGCUGCUUUAGGGGGGUAUUUUGUUGUCCACUGCGAGACGCGGACCCCUCRGUUCAGCCGCGGUGGAAGCAGCCGUAAUAACCUUGGUGUGAGGCGGCUGGAGAGAAGAGCGAGAGGCUGAACGGGCGAAGCGGCGGAAGAUCAGCCACUGCUGGCGUGAACAUGGCGGAGACCGUCCGCUCGCUCCUCGAGCACCGGGACCCACACGGCGAUGGAGAAAGCGCCAAACCGACACCGUCUGCUCGGGGGCGGGGCUGUGGAAGGAAAAGAAAAGGGACACCCGUGAAAGUUUUUGUCACACACGCGGAGGAAGAUGGCACACCUGAACACAGCCUCAGCUCAGGUGAUCGGAAGGACGGAGGGGAGAAGCGUCCCUCACUGGACGGGCCUUCCUGUAACACUGAGUCUGCUUCUCACAAGUGUGGUCCGUCAGCGCAGACGCAGGAUAAAGUCCCCUCUGUGUCCAAGGCCUCCUCCACACCGGCUCCAUCUCCAGCCGCCUCCUCGGCCCGGACCCCGACACCGGUACCUGCUCCUGCCCCGGCCACCGCAACUUUGGCUCAGGCUGCCUCUCUGACCCCUGCGUCCACGGCUCCAGCCGCUCCCACUGCCUCUGCUCCGGCUCCAACGGCCAUGUCCUUCCCUCCCGCCCCCAACUGUCGUAUCCGAGAGGUCCACUGCGGGAGCCAGGUGCGCUUGGUCGUAAUUGCCAURCGAGACAUCACCAAAGGGGAGGAAAUUACAGUCGAUUACAGCCUGAUUGAGUGGGGAGAGAAUCUGGGUUUUCGUGCCACUGUAUCUCCAGCGCAACAGGAGUGUAACUCUGACUCUGAAAAUAGCAACAACAUCAAAAAGGAGGAUGAGCCCCUUCCUUUGACAUCCCAGCAGCAGCAUCAGAGGCGGCAACAACAGGAAUACGUCACCCCCUCUUGGUCCCUCUCCCCAUCGUCCUCCCCCAUCUCCCACUCUGAUGCCAGUGAAUCAGAUGCUGGAGGUGAGGACAACUCCAGUCCACGUGGGCGACCCCCACGUCGGCGCAAGAAGCGGCGCGGCACCCCUUCCAAGAAGAAACCCCCUCAUCGGACCCUGCCUGGGCGCUCGCCCCCUGCCUCCUCCUCCGGCGUGUCUCACCCAAGUCGCCCACUUGCUUCGUCCCAGUCCUUUUCUCCCAGCUCGUCUUCCUCAUCCUCCGCUUCUGCCAAGCCAGAGUUCAAACUUCCAACUCCGCUGGGACCCACCGUCACAGGAAAUGUCCCCACAAAUGCCCAAAAAGUAGGUGCUGCUGUCGACUCCACGCGCCAAACCUGCGAACACUGUGGUCGGCACUUCCGCUCUCUGGGCCGUCACUUAGACAAACACCACUCCCACCAGCCCGACGUGUGCUCUGCCCUGGUUGAGCGCUACACCCAGAUGCCCCGUCUGCAGGCACAGAACACAAACCCUGCAGCAGCUCACUCUCCCACCCAGCAGCAGCCGAAGUUGUCCCACACCAGAGGUCAGAGCAUCUGUCCAGAUCCUGCACAGAGUGGCAUCCAGGACCUGUCCAUGUCCCCGCCCACUCUUACUGCAGCCAACCAGCCCCACGCCUCCUCAGGGGGCAAUGCCACCCCUCCCAAUCUGACUCCUCUUUGUGGACAAAAUGCAGUGGCAGUGUCUGUUGUAAAGAGAAGCCCACCCCCUGUAUCUGCAGCCCAAUCCAGGAAGGGAGUGAUGAGGAGACAAAAGAAAGAAAAACAAAUGAAGGAAGAAGAGAAUGAGGCGGAGGAAGAGGAAGUGGAAGUAGUAGCUGUAAAGAGACCCAAAGAGGAGGAGGAUUUAGAGCUGGGGUGCCCUCAGUCCUUCAGCAGCAGAACAUCCAAAGAGAUAGAGCCACUAAAGAAGGAGGAAGAGGAGGAGGAGAAUGAAGAAGAUGAGAAUGGAGAGAUGGAAAUUGGUGAUGAAAGUGGAACGGAGGAAAAAGACAAGGAGUUGCUCAGUUCUGGGCGUCACCACAUGCUUCCCCUCCUGUCCUCCCUGUCCUCUCUGGUCCUGUACCUCCGUCGGCUCCAGCACUCUGCCUUCUUGUCUCUGUCCCGGCAGCUGCAGUCUGCGGAGGCCUGGCGCCUCCUCUGCCACUCCAGCCUGGCGCUCCUCAUCCUGUACAACCGCAGACGUGAAUGUGAGGUCUCGAAGCUGUCCAUCGCUGAAUAUCGCUCUCGUGUGACUCCUCAGUGCCCUGUCCCGUCUGGGGCUUCUUCUGGUCUCACGCCACUGGAGGCCUCCCUCUCGCCCUUCGAGCGGCUGGUGCUCCCUCACCUCUCUAGAGUUGGGGUCCAAGGGAAGCGUGGCCGCAUUCAGCCCCUCAUCCUUCCUCCUCACUGUGAACCCUGUCUGGAGCUCCUGCUGCAGACCCGAGAGGACGUAGGGGUCGACCCGGCCAACCCGUACGUGUUCGCCCGGCCCUACCACUCUCCCGCCACACCUCUGCGUGGCACCGACCUCCUCCGCAGCCUCGCCCGCUCCAGCGGCACUCGAAAUCCCCGCGCCCUGACGCAGACCAGGGUUCGCCGUCAGGUGGCGAUCCUCACCCAGCUCCUGCUCCUGGGGGAAGGAGAGGAGCCCCGGCAGCCGGGAGGAAGCGCCGUGGAGAGGCUGGAGCACUUCCUUGAGAGGGAGUACCACGUGACUCAGAACUGUGCCACGAUCGGCCAAGACCCCGGCCUGAUGGGCAGAGUCGGCCGGGUCGUGCUGUGUGGGGAGAGAGAUGGGGUGCUCUUCAGAGGGAUGAGCCUGAACCACAUCUGUCUGGAGCUGGAUGUCAUGUCAGGAAACUCGGCAGACUCGUACUCAGAGGGAGACUCUGACGGGGAGCACGUGAAGGAGAAGCCCGAGGUGCCGGCUCCGACUCCUGCUCUGAUCGCUCCACCUACACUGCUCUACGUCAGGAAGGGCAAGAACAAUGGGCGGGUGGGACGGCCUAAGAAGAUCAAAAUGGUCCAGCCUCUUACUCCCCCUACUCCUCCCCCUCCACCACUCACUCCUGCAAACCGAAGGAGAGGAACAGGAAAGCGAGGUGUCCUAAAGCGUCCCUGGUCGGAGGCGGAGCGAGCGGCGGUAGAAGAGCACCUGACUCAGAACAUUAACGAGCUGAGAGUCCCUGCCAAGGCCGACUGCGAGCGCUGCCUGCAGCAGUGCCCCCUGCUGGUCAACAACCACCGUGACUGGCGAGCUGUCAAGUUCUACUGCCACAACCGCAUCCAGCUGCUGAAGAAGAACCAGCGCCGGGACGGCCAGCCUCAGCCUCUUACUGUUUGCUGAGAGAGAGACCAGGGGGUGUUUGGGCGUCUACUUCAGGGCAGCUGAUCUCAGUUGGUACCCCGAUCGCCCUCAAACUGCACCAAACCCAAAGUCCUAAAUUUCACUUUCAUUUUUUUUAUUUUGAGCUUUUCAAGAACAGCUGUUUCUGCUGCUCUGAUUUAGGGUUUUUAAUUCCUCUCUGGUCCUGGUUCUGACAGUAACAGUGGAGGUGGACUGCUGUUUAAGGGAUGCCCUGUGGAACUCCAUCACGGCAUGGAUGACAUCCUGCCUCUACUUUUGUAUAUGAAUAUCUUUUCCCCUUCCAAACUAGAUACACUAUACUAAAAAUGUAAACAAGUGGGGCAGCUGAUCUACAGUGUUGUUACAAGAACGUUGUGAAGUACAGUAGCAUUUGUGUUUGAUGCACUAGGAGACAUAAAUAGGACUUAUUAGCCUGUGCUUGGGCUACAUGUUCCUUCAUAGCAGCUUUAUGAUUAGAGUAGGCCAAACUACAGCAAACUAAUAUCCUCAAAUAAGCUAGUUCUUCUUCUCAUACAAACCUUAACCUUUCAUACAACUGACUGUGCAAUUCUUAUUAUUUUUUCUUGAUAUAUGGACCUUAAUUCACAUGUGAGGUACUAGACUUUUUCUUAAAAAAAAAAAAGGACAUAAUUCAGUGUGAUGGAGAUCUUUUUGGAGCUGUGAUAAACAACCUCACAUUAUAGUCUGUGAAGUUGUCUGAACUUCAGUUACAUCCCAUAAUCCAGAACCAUAAGAUCUGUUAGGAAACCUGUUGUAUUUUGUCAGCUUUUCAAGAUGUCUGCAGUUUUUUAAAUGAGUAAGAAGGUGCUAUAGGCCAAUAAGCUGGUUAUCACUUUAAAUGUGGAGAUUUUGUUAAAGGUUACCUAAAAUGUGGGCAUUUAUUGGAGAAGAAAACCUUUCUUGCGAUGUUUGUUUUGCCCUCUUUUUAUGGCUGGAGUUCCUCCUGUCUUCAUCUACAAACACUACACAGCUUGACCAGAUUUUCAGUUUUGCUUCAGUGUCGCUCAAAAUCUGUGUCUGAUGGAUUAAAAAAAAUCCUCCACAAAACCUCAAAACAGAUACUUGAAGUUAUUGAAACCUUUUGCAGAAUCUUCUGUCCUCUUUCUUGCUCUAGCCUGGCCAGUUACGUUGUACAUAAUAAAUAUAUUAUCAAUAUGCUAACUGGUUGUUUCGUGCUGGACGUCCUAUAGCUUUCUCCAUCUCUGAGUUCUUGAUGUCUGUAUAUAUAUGUUUGUUUUGUAAUUACUCCUCAGAGAAACAAAGGAAAAACACGAUGUAUGACAUGAUUCGGUUAUUGUGUUAAUUUUGUUUUUUAUAAAUUCUACUAAAACCUAAAGAUCCAUCA